UAAACGUGCUUUACGUCAGUGUUAGCGGAGGGACGGAAGUUGUAAUUGGUUAGACUUUACAACCUUCAGAGAGUGUGUGUCUGCUCAGAAGGAAAACCAGGAAGAAAGUGUACAGUCCAACAAUGCAAACAUGUAAAAGUUGCUGCACGUAACUCCGGCCCGGCUCCGUGAUCCCCGGCAUUGGCACUACCCAGGGGAAGCCCCCACCCCCCUCACACCCGGGCACAGAGAAACUGCAGGGCUCCCCUCCUGGCACCCACACCCAUGGAGGCUGCGCAGCUCACCGAGGACGAAAUGGCUGAAAUAAAAAAGGAAGUUUUAGAGAAACUGAGGCCAUACCUUUGUGAGAAAGUCAUUGCGGAAAGGCAUUUUGAUUACCUGCGAGCGAAAAGGAUAUUGUCGAAGGAAGAUACAGAGGAGAUUUCCUACCAGGGAUUGAACAGACGAAAGACCGGAAAGUUACUGGAUUACCUGGCAGAGAACCCAAAAGGGUUGGACACGCUGAUCAACUCCAUCAGGCGCGAGGGUACACAGAACUUCCUCGUUCAGAGAAUAACAGACGAGGUGCAGAAGAUUAAAAAUGAAAAGCUGAUCCAGAAAGCAGGAACUUUCUCGAGCAGUUAUGAGAUGUCCAAAGAUAUAUCUGGAACCAACAACCUGUCGGUGUUCCCAUCCAUUGAGUCCAACAGUCAGAGGACAGAAGCUAACAUCCUGUUUCAUCCUGAAGGUGAAUACAGCCCAGUGCCGUCGGCCUCGCCCACUCUCUCUCCGUUGGAUUUGAAAUCUGUGUCUUUGUUGGAGAAGGCAGGCACACUGAGCAAUGUGGAAACCAUGCCUACGACAUUAUCCCUGCCCAGGCCAGGGGAGCCAGGAGCUCCUUCCCUUCCCCCUGAACUUGAAGCAGAGGCUGAUAGAGCCUGCAGUAAUUCCAGUGACGCUGUGUUUUUGCCUCUGCGUUCCCGUGCACCGUGACCAGUCACCCUCCUGAAACUGACCUGCGCUGAAAACCCAUGGAUAUCGAUGUUGAAAAUCACACAGAGUCCGAUGUUUAUGGCUCUAUAUGUCUUUGUUAAAUUUGGGUACAAUACUGGUUGCUUUUGUAAAUGUAUAAUUGCCUUAUGUUUUUGUGUUCCAUUUCCUACGAGCAAAGCCCCUCCUCUCCACAGCAAGAAGCAGUUAUUCCCAUCUUUCUGAGCUUUCCAGCAGCUGUAGGAGCUGGCAAAGUGUCACUGGUAACUGUACUUACUCUGGGUCAGCAUGUCUGUGUGUCUGACUGCGUCUGUGUGUGUGUGUCUGACUGCGUCUGUGUCUGUGUGUCUGACUGCGUCUGUGUCUGUGUGUCUGACUGCGUCUGUGUGUGUGUGUGCACAUGUGGCUGACUGUGUUUGUGCACGUGUGCUGUCUCAUUAUCUGGUGUGUGUGUCUGUGUGUGUGUGUGUGUGUGUGUGUGUGUGUGUGAGCACACGCCUGACUGCGUGCAUGUGAGUGUGCACAUGGACCUUCCACAAACUAGGAGAAGGAGACCCUUGCGUUCUUUGUGGCGAUAAGCUCUGUGGCCUGAGGCUGUAAUACCACAGGAUACUGGGUGGUGCCAUGCUCCUGCCCCUGCGGUACAGGCACCAGGACACUGACAGGGGAGAACCUUUAUGGGGUUGCAGUAGGCGAUAAGAUUGGGCCAGAGCACUGUGCGCGUGUGUGUGCGCUGCACCCAAAUGACCUUGUACACCACCACCCACCCCAGGCUGGGGCAGUGGGAGAACACCCUCUUUCACAUUCACUGGGCCAGCUCUGCCAGCAGGUGAUUGGGGAACUAGUGAGUCAAGGCCCAUAAAUGGCCAAUCAUUAUCCACAUAAGGGCCUUCGUUGCCAGCACAACAAGGAAGUUUCCAACAGGUAUAACUGGCCAGGUUUCUCUCCAGGGCCGAUCUGCCCAAUUAUUCCCCCUUUUCACCACCUCAGAGAGGGGAGAUAAUUUCUGCUCUUUGACUCUAUAGUUAGCCACGCUCAUACUGACAUAACCAGUUUAAUUCUAUUCACUCACUUGCAUUUUAUUUGUUUUAAAUCUGUACAUAGGAAAUUCAAACGUUCAUUUUCUGCUACCUAAUCAUCAUCAUGGGGCCUGUUGGUGUUGAUUUAUUUGCGAUAGAAAUUCUUUUGGUUUUUAUAGAUGUAUUAACAAGUAGAAACCUAACCUGAGAAGGAAUAAUGUUCUCAAAUCUUUUAUCCUGCCAGAUGACUGGAGGUAAAACAGGAAAGAUGUGAGUGGGCUCCUGUGUUUUUUCUAUAGAAAUCUCCAUAAAAUUUGGGGGGAAGAAAAUGUGUGAAUUAUUUGUUGCCUUAUCACAACUUUCCAGACCCCUCCAAAUACACUUCAUACUGAACAAAAGUGUCUUGAAAGUAAAUUAAUGGGUGUUAUGUAGAUGAACUCAGCAGCUAUUUAAUGCACAAACUUCAGACAACAGGGAGCUAGAUUAAUACUGCUCCUUGACCUUGGAUGGUCAGGAUGGGUCUGGUUCUAGGAGACUCGCUGCUGCUGUGUAAACAGUUUAAUUGAUCCUCUGAAAUGAGGAAGUGGAACAUUAUUGCGAUCUGAAAGUGGGAUCUCCUACAUCAGAGCAUUUUCCCCGUAUCAACAUGUCGCAAAUGUACAGCACACGUUUCAUGAAAUUGUAGUUAGAAACAUUUGUGCUAUUUUUUCAUUUUUAACGUGCCAUUUUUGGUUUUGUUAAUGCUUCACUUUAUCUACUAACUCACUGGUUUUCUUGUAUUUGAAUGUACCGCUGGAAAGCUUUAGGAUGUAUUUUGUUGCAGACCUCUGCAGUCCAUCAAACGAGGAGUCCAACUAAACACACCCUGAAAAGGACAGAGACCUUCACUUUUCCAUCAGGUUGUGGAGGAUACACUAACAGGCCAAUGGGCCCUUCCAUAUCUGGCCAGUCGUUAAACUCCAUUUGCCCCUCCAACUUCCCUCCUCCAACUCUUAUCAUCAUCACCCUCUAUUCAAUCCCUGUUCACAGGCCUCUCCAGCUUCCCCUAAAAGUACUUAUGGAGUGGUUGAAAUGAACAGGAUGACACCACAAGAAAUAGCAACAGGUGUAGGCCAUUCUGUCCCUCGACCCUGUUAUGACAUUCCUCGUAUCACUUUCCUACCUUUUCCCCGUGACUUUGAUUCCCCCUGAUCACGAAUCUGUCUAUCUCAGCCUUGAAUAGACACAAGGACUCUGCCCCCACAGCUCUCUGAGGCAAGGAGUUCCAAAGACACUCAACCCUCUGGGAGAAGAAAUCCCUCCUCAUCUCAGUCUUAAAUUGGUGGCCCUUUACUCUGAGACUAUACCCUCCUGUCCUAGACUCUCCCAUGAGGGGAAACAUCCCCUCAGCAUUGACCCUGUCUAGCCCCUUAAGAAUCCGAUAUUUUUCAAUGAGAUCACCUCUCAAUCUUCUAAACUCCAGUGAGCAGAGUCCCAACCAUUUUAGCCAUUGAUCGUAGGACAAUCUCUCCAUACUGGGGAGCAUUGCCAUUCCAUGUGGUUUCAUUUAUUAUUAUCGCAUGUACUGAGAUACAGUGAAAAGUAUUGUUUUGCUUGCUAUUCAGGCAAAUCAUCCAUUAUAUAAGUACAUCAGGGUAAUAGAGCAGAAUGUAGUGUUACAACUGCAGAGAAGGUGCAGAGAAAGAUCAGCUCUGAUAUAUGAGGGGUCCGUUCGUAGGUCUGAUAACGGCGGGGAAGAAGCUGUUCUUAAAUCUGUUGGCCUGUGUUUUCAAACUUUGAUCUGCACAUUCUCACUACUGCCUGGGUGAAGUGAUUCCUUCUGAACUCCCAAUUGGAUUUCUUGGUGAUGAUCUUAUAUUGAUGACUUCUGGUUAUACUUUUCUCCACAAAAAAAACAUUCACCGCAUCAAAAUCUUCCGUCAGGAUAAAUGCCUCUAUUCAGUCACCACUCAGCUGCCUUCCCUCCCUCUUCACUCACAGGGUGGGAGUAAAGUUUACCGAAGAUCUACAUUUCGGGAAGGCUCCAAGAUUCCAUUCCGAGUUACACAUGGAAUCCUAGCGGAAAAGCCAGAGGGCAGCUUAGGGCAACAGCCAGAGUGAGCUGGGUUCAGAACAGAGUUGACUACACACAAUCUCAAGUAGAUGAAGUGGUUAUAGAAUUGAGCCUAGUGCUCACGCUGCUUUGCUCAAUUCCAUGAGGAGUGUAUCUUACACCGUUUUCAUAGGAAGGAGCCAUUCAGCCCAUCAUGUCUUCUCUGCCAUUCAACAUGUUCGUGAUAAUCCUCAACUCUAUUUUCCUACCCUCUCCCCAUUACCCUUGAUUCCCUUACUGAUUAAAAAUCUGUCUGUCUCAGCCUUAAAGAUAUAACCCAGCCUCAACAGUCCUCUGUGGUAAAGAGCUCCACAGACUCACUCACCUAUGACAGAAGAAAUUCCUCCUCAUCUCUCUUAAAUGGAUGACCCCUUACUCUGAGAUGAUGCCCUCUGGCCCUAGACUCGCCCACAGGCAGAAACAACAUUUCGCAUCGACCCUGUUAAAGCCCCCGAUGUGUUUCAAUAGUGUCUGCAGUCAUUCUUCAAAACUCCAACGGGCCCAGGCCCACUCCACCCACCAUCACUUCAUUAGACACAGACUCCACACCUGGUAUCAGCCUAAUGAACUUUCUCUAGACUCUCCAAUGCCAGUCUUUCUUUCCUUAAAUAAGGGCCCAAAACUCUGCAGUAGUCUGACUAAUUCCUUGUAAACUUUUAGCAACACUUUCCUAUUUUUAUAUCUCAUUCCCUUUGAUAUAAAGAACAAAACUCCAUCUGCCUUUCUUAUUUUUCAGUGAUCUCGAACACUAUCUUUUUGGGAUUCAUGUACGGAGGCUCUCAAGCCCCUCUGUUCCAUAGCUUUUGGAAGUCUUUUUCUAUUUAAAUAAUAUGUUCUGGUGGAUUACAUCAAACAACAGUCUAUUUGGCUGUUCAAACCAAGCACAGCACUGACCCUGUACCCAAAACGGCCACAUUCACAAAAUCCAUGACCCACUCUGUAACUUUUAGUGUGAUUCUCUAAUUGAACACUGUAUGCUGGAUAGCCCUGAGUGCGCGAAGGACAAUGUUCAGGCUCACAGUGUUUACUGGAAGUUGUCUAUAUUACAGGGCAGGACCCUGUUGGCAGGCAGAAUGCAUUAACACAGUGUGCCUGGGUCAAGUCAUCAAAAUAAUUGGACAAUAUUUGCAGGUUCACUUCCCAGCCCUGACCAAACACAGUCAAUUUGGCCUGAUUUCAAGUUUAGAAAAAGCCUGGCAGUGAAUUGUCAAUCACCAUUAGGGGAUCAAGGCUUAUGGGGAGGAAGUGGGAGAAUGGGGCUGAUGAACAUCUCGGUCAUGAUUGAAUGGUGGAGCAGACUCGAUGAGCCGAAUGGCCUAAUUUCUGCUCCUGUGUCUUAUGGUCUUAUUAAUAGGUGCAAUCUCCAUGGUAAUGUCUCUACCGAUCAACAGUCUUUGCUCAUGCAGUCUAAAUGUUGGUUAUUCCUUUGAAUUGGUGCACCUUGUCCCAAUAGGCUAAUCGAAAACAAAAUAUCUGUUUUCAACAAUAGUUGUAAACCUGUUACAGUCCAAGGGGAGGCUAUUCAGCCCACUGAAUCUGUGCUGCCUUUCCCAAACUAGUGCCAUUCUCCUGCCUUCUCCUUCGUAAUCCUGCAAAUUGUUCCAUUUCAAGGAGUAGGCCAAUUCUGUUUUGAACGCCUCAGUUGGACCUGUCUCUGCCUCUGACUCAGACCUUCAUGAUGUCAAUCACUUUAAAUCUGUGCCAUGUCGUUCUCAACUCUUCCACCAAUAUUUCUCCCUGCCUGAGAUAACAAGGUGUGGAGCUGGGGGAACACAGCAGGCCAAGCAGCAUCAGGGGAGCAGGAAAGCUGACGUUUCGGGCCUAGACCCUUCUUCAGAAAUGUUUCUCCCUAUCUACUCUGAUUUUGAGCACUGUUUUCCUUCUAGAUUUAAAAGAAAACUCCAAAUUCUCUGAUCCAGCCUUCUGACUGAACAAAAUGGGAACAGGGAGGUCUCCAUACUGUACUUAUUGGUAUUUCAACCUGUUCAAUACAAAAUAUUUUAACUCCCAACUGCUGUCAUGCGUGGGGCCCUCAUUCUUGCUGUUCUGGGAGAACUUGUUGGGUGUUUAAUUCCAUUAAUAAAUGAGGAACGUUGUACAUAAUGUGUCGUGACGAAUAUCUUGUGAAAGAACAGACUUUUAAGGUACUUCGGAGAUUGAUGUUUUGAGUGGACUGCUAUUAUGGAUCUGUCUCUACUCGUAAAAUUGUGAGACAUGAUCAGGGUGAUCCCAGAAGAUAAUUGCACUAUUCACAGCUCCACUGACUGUACAUUACUAAGCAGCUGUGAGUCUCGGUUUUAUCGUUUUCCCAGCGUUCUGUAAAAUGGAUCAGCUUGUACGCUGAAGAGGCGUUCGAAACUGAUUCACAACAAGUUCAUGAGACUCUUGAUUUAAAUGGAACAUUUUAGAAUUUGAGUCAAACGUUCCAGUUUCUGACAUGACCAUAAGGUGUGGGAGCAGAACUAGGCCAUUCGCUCCAUCAAGUCGAUGUGGGGUAUUUAAUUCAACUCCUCGUGUAAAUAGUUAUCUCAGGGUUUAAUGAUAACUCGGGACUUUGGUAUCAAUCACUAGUCAAUUCUGAGAUUCAGUUCUGUUGGUCAUUUGAUUAUAAUGGCUGUCAGCAAUUAGCUGGUGGAAUGUAAUGCAUUAGAAUAAGCAACCUCCUGGUAAAUGGUGAUGGACUUUUCUUACGAUUUAAUCAGUUAAAAUACAGUAUUUCUAAAUUGUAAACUUGGCAUUGGUCUCUGUGAAUUGUUUCUGAUGUUCAAAUCCCCUGCUUUUCCCCUUUCAGCUCAAGGAUUGUUCCUCAUGCAUUUCCAAGUGAAACUUCCAAGCUAAGUAAACCAGGAGAGCAAAGGAUCAUUGUCAGCACACACACUCGGAUCAGAUUUCCUCAGGCAAUAGGGCUAUCUGCUCUAGAACCUGCUUUAACCAAGACUGGCAUGAAAACUGAAACUGAAUGCCUGGUGGCAAAUGCUCAGUACUUGGGAUGAGGGGUGGAGGAGAGAUGCUGCUUGGCCUGCUGUGUUCACCCAGCAUUACACUUGGUUAUCUGCUAUAACACGUGUUUCCUAAAGGCGAAUUGGCUGUGGCUGAGGCCCGAAACGUCAGCUUUCAUGCUCCUCAGAUGCUGCUUGGCCUGCUGUGUUCGUCCAGCACCAUUCCUUGUUAUCGUGGCUGUAACAUGAUUGAUGAAUAGUGGGGCGUUGCUUGGAUAAUGUGAACUUUCUGCUGUACACAUACAGCAACUUUCCAAAGCAAUUUCUUUAUAACACAAUUUUCUAUAGUGCAGGGUCACACAACUAUGGCGUUGUGAAGAAAUAUCUCAAACCAUGCCAACAAAGAAGCUGGGACAGAGCAGGGUCAAAGGCAAGAAAUGCCUAUGUUUGUGCCUGAUCAGCUGUUUGAUGAGAUGGUGUCUCCCACUUUGCCAUGUACACCCUUACAUUCGAGUUGACAGGGGAAAUGACCCACUUCCACUUUUUGCUACUAAACCCCCUCUGCCAUUCAAUGAGAUGGUGGUUGAUCUGCUCCAGGUUCCACAUUCCUCCCUGAUAAUCCCCCAAUUCCCUACCCGACAACAAUCUAGCCACCUCUGCCUUUGAAAUAAUUGAUAUUCAACCCUGUCAUUACCACCUCAUGUGGCAAAAUGUUCCAAACUUUGAGAGAAAAGUAUUUUUUCUCCGUAUCCAUAUGGUUAAGACCAUUCAGGAUCUGAUACACUUCAAUCAGGUCACCCCUCACCCUCCUAAACUCCAAGGGAAACAAGCCCAGUCUGUCCAAUCUUCCCUCAUUAGACAACGCACUCAUUCCCAGGAUCAAUCCAGCAAACCUCCUGUGAACUACUUCUAACAUAUUUACAUCCUUAUCUAAAUAGGGAGUCCAAAACUGCACACAGUAUUCCAGAUGUGGUCUCACCAAUGCCCUGUCCAAUUGGAUCAUAACAUCCACACUUCCAUGUUGAAUUUCUCUUGAAAUAAAGGAGAGCUUUUCAUUGAUUCCGGCCUUGAUUAUGUGCUGUCUGUGCAAACUAAUUUUCUGUGACUCAGAACACUCCAAAUCCCUCUGCUCCCUGGAAUU